AUGGUGCCUCUCAUGGUGGGGGCAAACUUUGACACAUGUCCUGGGACUCAGUUCCAAAAACAUGCCAUCUGUGCCCAGACAAGAGCCGUUCAGACUGGAGACAGACAAAGACCAGACCUGCUGUCAAUCAGAGAGUGCACCGUGACCACGGCUCGGCCCAGCAGCCCAAGGCAGCCCUCCUCCUCCGAGAUGGAGGAGGAGGCUAGCCCAUCACCCAGGUCCAAGCCUCGCUACACAGGACAGGUCCGCCUUUGCACUGCCCGUUACAGUUACAACCCUUAUGAUGGACCAAAUGAACACCCUGAAGCAGAACUCCCACUUGUGGCUGGGAAAUAUCUGUAUAUUUAUGGCAACAUGGACGAUGAUGGCUUUUAUGAAGGAGAGCUGCUGGAUGGCCAACGUGGGCUGGUUCCAUCCAACUUUGUGGAGUUUGUCCAGGACAAAGAAAAGCCAGCAGCAGGUGAAGGAGGAGAAGACCUGGGAUCACUGGAGCAUACCUCAUCCCUCAGUCUGACUGCAGUGGACAGUAGUGCUUCUCAGGAGGGCCUCCUGAGCUCGUGCAAAGCCUUGGUCCCCUGUAGCAAUGGGACAGGAGAGGCCCUGGACCCUGAGGACCUGGCAGAAGAUGUAGUGCCUUAUCCCCGAAAGAUUAAUUUGAUAAAACAGCUGGCACGCAGUGUCAUAGUGGCCUGGGAACCUCCGAUAGUGCCUUUGGGCUGGGGGAACAUCUCUGGCUACAACGUGUUGGUCGAUGGGGAACUUCGUGCUAGUGUCCAAUAUGGUGGCAGGACCAAGUGUCUUCUGGAGAAGUUAGACCUGGACGGGUGUGUCCAUCGUGUGUGUGUACAGUGUGUCACUGACAGAGGCUUCUCCGAUGAGCUGCGCUGCACUUUGUUGGUUGGGGCCAAUGUAGUGGUAGCGCCUUCUGGUCUGAGGGUGGACGACAUCCAGCGGGACACUGCUGAGCUCUCUUGGUUGCCAAGCAACAGUAACUAUUCCCACACAGUAUUCUUAGAUGGGGUGGAGCAUGCAGUGGUAAAGGCUGGAAGAUAUAGAUUACGUUUUCACAACUUGAAGCCCCUCACAGUCUACAAAGUGAUUGUGGUGGCACAGCCACACCAGGUGCCAUGGCAACUGCCUCUUGAGCAGAGAGAGAGGAAAGAAGCUGGAGUGGAGUUCUGCACACAAGCAGCAGGCCCACCUCUGCCACCCCAGGACGUCCAGGUGCACUGUGGACAGGCCCCAGGAGUCCUGCAAGUCCGCUGGAAGCCCCCCAUUCUCUCCCCCACUGGCACUUCCAAUGGGGCAAAUGUCAUCGGUUACGUUGUAUGCACAAAAGGACAAAAGAUUGCUGAGGUCAUGUUCCCAAUGGCUGACUAUGUCACAGUUGAGCUAAACAGGAUUCAGUGCCUGGAGGCCCGGGAAGUCAUAGUUCGGACACUGUCUUUACAGGGAGAAUCCCAGGACUCACAAGUUGCUGUCAUUCCAAACAACCUGCUUGUGCCUCCCCCUCAACUGGCCCUGCCACCUCCCAUGCACCCCCACCCGGGGCCUCCUCCACAUGGCCCACCCCUCCUCCAAUCGCCACAUCUUCCUCACCCCCAGCCUCAGUUGCCCGGACCUCCCUCAGCACAUGGAUCACCUCUGCCACACGGACAACCUCUACCACCCCAAGGUCCUCAUCCUCCACCACCCCAAGCCCAUCCCAGGCUUCCUCAUCCAGGAGGCCCCCCACAAGCCCAGAUUCGACCACCACAUCCCCAACCAGUGCAUCUCCAGCCACACCCGCCACACCAAGGUCCUAGGCCACAGCACCAACUGCCUCUGCUCCCACAGCACCCACCCCAUCCUGUACCUCAGAGACCAGUAAGUGCCAGAGACCUAGAUGCCAAAGACCCGGCAGCUCACCACAGAGGAGCUAUUCCACCCGGUCAGCCUGGCUGGGACCCACAACGCUCCCCCUCCGCUCAGCCGCCUCCAUUACAAGGCCACACGCUGGAAGCCCCUCCCCACCCGAAUCCUCGAUCACCCUCUCCACAGCGGAUAUUACCACAGCCACGCGGGACUCUUAUCCCAGACACUGUUGCCAAAGCUAUUGCCAGAGAAGCAGCACAAAGGGUGGCAGCUGAGAGUGGCAAGGGGGAGAGGAGGCCAGUCAGAUACGGAGAGCAGGGUCAGUCAUUUCAUCCGCAUCACUCUGAUGAAGAGGAGGAGGAUGAAGAAGGCUUUGGCCGCUGCCGCAGGAGGGGGCCUUCUGUGGAUGAGUUUCUGAGAGGAUCAGAGCUGGGCAGGCCGCCUCACUAUAGUCACAAUGAGGAGUAUCACAGCGAGAGCAGCCGGGGCUCUGACCUGUCUGACAUCAUGGAAGAGGAUGAGGAGGAGCUGUACUCUGAGAUGCAGCUGGACGAAGGACGUCGGCGCAACUCGCACAACACGCCCAAGGGAAACAACGUAGGUCGACACGACCGGGAGCCAGGCAGAAGAGUCCAGCACAGUGGUCCUCAGAGGCGGCCCCUUAUGGUGCCCUCCAUUGAGGUUACCUCUGAGAAUAGUGAGGGCACUCUGACUCCCGUCACUGACGAUGUUUACUAUGGCAAAGGCCGCCACAGGACGCGCUCCUCCCGCAGGCACAAGGGCAGUGCCAGGUCUUCCCAUGAUGGCUACAGAGAUCGGGAUCGCCGCUCACCUUAUUAUGAUGAGUCAGAACCUGAGGAGCCAUUUCGCAUAUUUGUGGCCCUUUUUGACUAUGACCCUCUGUCUAUGUCGCCAAAUCCAGACGCCGCUGAUGAGGAGCUACCUUUUAAAGAGGGACAGAUCAUCAGGAUCUAUGGCGAUAAAGACACGGAUGGGUUCUACAGAGGAGAAGUAAGAGGGAGAAUGGGGCUCAUACCUUGCAACAUGGUGUCAGAGAUCCGCGCAGAGGAUGAGGAGACUAUGGACCAGCUUAUCAAACAAGGCUUCCUCCCCCUCAGCACCCCUGUGGAUCGAAUAGAGCACAACAGAAAAGGCCUUCGUCGUGACCAGGCUUCAAGGAGAAUGGUGGCACUGUAUGACUACGAUCCCAGAGAGAGCUCACCCAAUGUUGAUGUUGAGGCUGAGCUGACCUUCUGUGCUGGUGAUAUCAUUGCUGUGUAUGGAGACAUUGAUGAAGAUGGCUUUUAUUAUGGCGAGAUGAAUGGCCACCGUGGUUUGGUCCCCUCAAACUUCCUGGAAGAAGUGCCUGAUGACGUGGAGGUGUAUUUGACUGAUACUCCAUCCCACUACCCCCAGGAAGAACCUGCCAACCGCCCCCCGACCAACUCGUCUGGCAGCACGGUCCCAGAGGGCAAACGGGUUGCCACGGAAGCCACCGACACAGUCACCAAUGACAGCACGCCAGUUCGAGCACCAUCCCCCAUAGUGCGCCCCCUUCUGCCGGGCACCAUGAGGCCCCUGAGCCCAACCAGGGGCCACCACCUCCCCAUGGACCCCCGAGACCCUCAAGAUCUGAACAGGAAGAAGAAAGGACUGCUGUCUAAAGGGAAGAAGCUGCUCAAGAGACUGUCACCUGUGAAAUAG